AUGACCACACCGCAGUAUAAACCUCCCAAGGAAAUCCAAGACUUGCUAGACAAAAAGGAGCAGCAACAGGCCAAUCAGCGCAGGCGUACCGCUGUGCUGCCCAAACGCUCGUGGAUCCAGCGGAAUCCACGCCUCUUCCAGAUCUCCUUCCUCACCGGCUCGCUGCUGAUCUUCUUCUCGAAGCCCCUGUACGACUGCUUCAUCGCCGAUCCCCUGCCGCCGCUGGAGAUCAAGGUGCCGCCGCACAAGCGCUGAGUUCCCGACUUCCUGAGACAUGGAAUCGGUGCGCAAGGCCAACCAACGACUGCGCAACUAUCCGCUCCUGCUGACCAAGUGUGCCGACAAGGCCACUGCCUAUGCGGUG